AUGGCCGAUGCCCCUCUUCUUCGACGCUUAAAUGGUCGUCCCCAGGCUUGCGAUCCAUGUCGAGCGCGGAAAGUCGCGUGCGAUCAUGGCCAGCCCACCUGUUCUCGGUGCGAGAAACGCAAAGAGUCGUGCGUCUACACCAUCUCGGAGCCAAGAGUCAAGAAGCAGCGGCUUCGGUCUCCAAGCCAAGUAAUCGCAGCUUCAACAAGUACAGUCACAUCUACAAACACAGUCGCAUCUACACACACAAUUUCACCUUCAAACACAACUGCUGCAGCAGAGUCCACGUCAACUCCCUCACCUUCGCUAGCACCUGGUUAUCUUGGCUUCACUAGUCACAAUGCAGUCUUUGAGGAAACAAGGAAUAGUCUCUCGCUCAUCCAUGGCCCUGCGCUCGAGAUUGAGCCAAGUCCGAGGAGGCCGCCGAAGACGAGGGCUUGUUUGAUUGAGAUGCCAUCUCAUCUUCGCGAGAUGUGCCUCUACGUUCUCCGUAACCUGCCCGGUCCUCGCGACGAUGUCAUGCCCAAUAAACUUCACUGUCGUGUCGACGACUGGAUGUUUAUGGUCAUUGAAGAUAUCCUGCAUACGCUUCAGCAGGACUGGAGCGAGUACCUUGCUACAAGGGAAGAUGCGCAGCUGGAGGAGAUGGCGUUGUGUAUCAGUAACAACACCUCGAGGCCCAUUCGGGAUGAGCAUUCAAGUGCCAAGGCUUGGACCGAUCAGUUCACGGGGAGUAACAUUCGUUGGGAAUCCAUCGGACUUAUCUGGACUUAUUGGAAUGGCGCACCUGGUAUGGAAGCUGCAGCUGUGAACAAGUGUUUGGGCUCUUGUGUCGAGCUUGUUCGUCAUUUUACGACUGCUAAUGAUAUACUUCUUUAUUUAUGCUAUCGCAGAACAACCAUCGAGUCUCUAGUAACAGGCGACGCUGGUUUAACGUGCUGGAGCUAUGCCGCCGAGACAGUUGCUCUUCUAACAUUUCUCGGUCUUCACGUCGGUGUGGAAGACCCAAACUACGUGCCCUCUCUAUGCUCAGAGCAUAAGCGUCGCAUAACAGCCCGGGUCUAUGCCCUCGACAAAGUCCUCGUCUCCUUCACAGGCCGACCGCCACUUCUUAGUCAUCGCUACUUUUCGGGUCCUCUGGCGAUUGACAUAGAUGAUCAAGAUCUAAUGGAUGGCGACGCUGCGAUCAAGCGCGCCAUGUCGAGGCUAGACGAUAACGGGUUUCGUCCUGAUGGAGAGUUGCUCGGUGCGGCGUUAAUAAGGGCGCGUGUGCAGAUUGCGCUUAUCAAGGGUGAACUUCUUGAGAUGGCGUUGGCGAGUAGUGUGAAAGCGACCUUUGAACGACUGGCUGAGAUUAAGACACGCUGCGAACGAACAUACGAGCGAUUCCCCCGAAAUCUCAUCCAUCGGCCAGACGAACUAGAUGAUCCGAACUGCAACGUAGAGAAUGUCUACGUGAGGAUACUUGUUCGAUUGGAGCAUCUGCAAAAUUUGUUCUUUGCCGAGAGAUUGUCGCUCCGUUUGGAACACGUUGAUGAGAACAGAUUGCUGGUGAUUAGCUUUGAGAUGGUCUGUUUAACGCUUUUGUUCUGGACACAUCAAGAUCGCUUCGCUGGAGUACGACGAGACUUUGAAUGGCUGUUGAUGGCCUUUGCGGCACCAGGAGGAGGCAUCCUCUGCCUCGAACUGCUCCGUCCAACAUUCCGCGGCACACACCCCGACUGUCCGAAACUCAGCCGCUCAGCGAUAAUACAAAAGCUCAGUCUUCUCAUCGGUUUCCUCGACUGGGUUCGACCGCCAGCUCCCAACGCAGACCUAUGCGCUGACUGCAAAGCUGUUUUGCAAGGUGUACUGGACCAUAACCUUAACGCUCCCAUCGCAGGCGGUGGAGCGCUGGAUACGCUGGAUUGGGAUAUCCCGACGCAGUUGGACUUUAAUUUUGAUCUUUUGGAUACGUUUGAUUGGUUACGGCCCGAGGUACUAAACAUGCCCGCUUGA